CAAGCCCUUCGUUUUUGUGUCAACUAUGCAACGGUUCACUGCCCCAAGCAAAACCCACUUGCUCAAUUUUCCAAUUUCUAUCUCAAUCAAUUUGCCCUAAUUUCAGUUUAUCCCCAAAUUAAACCCUAACCCUUGUCCCCUCUUUUAUGCAACCAACCCACCUGAAAAUUUUAUAAAUUUUAUCAUCUGGGUUCUGAUCCUGUGAGCUUUCUGGUUGGAUUUGAGGUGGAAAGGAGGGAGCUUUUUUUGUUUCGAUGGAGAGUGGAGGUUCUGCAAGUGGGUCGUUGACUAAGUCAACGCUGUCCAGGGAGGAGAAUUUUGCCAUGUCUUCUGAGGACUCUUCUACCCCUGAGGAGUCUGGCCUCGAGCUCUGUCUUGGGCUGAGCCUUGGUGGUGGUGGAGGGAAGGAUCAGCAGGGGCAAAGGGGUCACUUUGCGAGGAUCUUGACUGCUAAGGAUUUUCCUUCUGUGGGGUUUUCUUCUUCGUCGGCUUCCGAGUCGUCGUCUUCUACUUCUUCGUUGAGCAGCGGUAAUGUUGCUGCUGGAACCAAGAGAAGUGCUGAUUCUGUGGCUGCUGCUAAUGGUGCCAGUCAGGUUGUGGGAUGGCCUCCUAUCAGAGCUUAUAGAAUGAAUAGUUUGGUUCUCCAAGCGAAAUCUUCAUCCACUGAAGGACUUAACUCAGUAAAUGAGAAAAGUGAAUACAAGACCGGUGCAGAGAAGGUUAACAAUGGAGGUCACAAGUCCAAUGGAAAUGCUAAGGAGAUAGGGCAGCAGAGGGGUUCACUGUUUGUGAAGGUGAAUAUGGACGGGAUUCCUAUUGGGCGAAAGGUUAAUCUAAGUGCGCAUAGUUCCUAUGAAGCGCUAGCACAAAAAUUGGAGGAUAUGUUUGGGCCCUCGACACAUGGUUCAGGUGGUCAGGAGAUGGAAGGAGCAACAAGACCCUCAAAGUUGCUGGAUGGAUCAUUUGAGUUUGCGCUCACUUAUGAAGAUAAAGAUGGAGACUGGAUGCUUGUGGGAGAUGUUCCUUGGGAGAUGUUUCUUGGUACUGUCAAGAGGUUAAGGAUUAUGAGGACAUCUGAGGCUAACGGACUUGCUCCCCUGUUACAGGAAAAGAAUGUGAGGCAAAGAUGUAAGCCAACCUAGAUCCUUUUCUCAUAAGAUAAGCAAGAAGAGACAACCUACGUUUGAAAGUGUACAAAGUGGACAAAACUUAUAGUUGGAGCAUUUUGGAAAGAAGAGGGAGAAACCGUUGGUUUUUCGGUUCAUUUUUUCUGCUGUCGAAUGCCAUUUCAUUUCAUUUUUGUUACGCCUUCUCCGAGAGCAAUCUUAGUUUUCAAUGUAAUACGAUACAUACGUAUGCUUACGUUGGUGAAUGUUGUUGUAUAUAUGGGGGCACACUCACAUGCUUUUGUCUGUUCAGCAGAUGGGGCAACCUUCAGUUCCCCCUUGUUUAAUGGAGAGAAAUUGUUUGGUAAUGAAAUUAUCAAUGUUAUUGCAGGACUUGUUG